UCGCCGAUUUAGCUUUAGGGAAAUAUUUUCGGUAACGCACCGUACCGGUAUUCUAACGCAUCCCGGUACCGGUACUGUACAAAUUAUCAACUUGGCAAGCGAAUUUGUUAGAGAAAUAUUUUAUAUUUGACAAAGCAGAUGAAUGCAAAAAGGGAUAUAACACACAAGAGUCGUCAGCUUCCUUUUUUGUACCGGUGCCAGGAAAAAAAAAAUUCCAUGCUGACGCUUAUUAUUUGGUCACAAGAUUGAAGUUGGCAACCCUAGAUGAGACAGAAAUAUAUGUCCGAUGGACAAGCCUGGUUUUUGGGUAGUAUGGAUCAAAUGUGCAUGAAAUGUAAAACUUAUACGGACUAUGGAGGUUUCCUAAACUGCUUUAAACUCAGCCUGAAGCACAUAUCGAAAAAAAUUUGAUUGAUAUGAAUAAAGCUGCUGGACACGGACUCUACUCUAGUCUUGGGUAGCAAGAAUAUAUUUCGAUCCGAUUUCUCCAACAUGAAAACGAUGAAUUGUGACAAAGUUUGAUCGACCACCAGAACGCAUUGGAACUUAUCAUGGCCAAGCAAAGACAGCAGAUGAUGAAGUUUACCGAGUACCAAAAGUAUCAACAUUUUUCAAAAACCCAAGGAUCAUGACAGUGCUGCUGAAAGUCUUGCCAAACAGGCUUCAACUCUCACGAAAGAGAUGGAAGCAAGAAACACAUGUCAAGAAAAUUUGAUUGAACUGAACAAAGUUGCUGGACACAGACCAAGGUCUACUUUAGUCUUAGGUAUUCAGCAAGAAAAUAAUGCAAUUCGGUCCCUACAACAUGAGAACGAUGAAUUGCGACAAAGUUUGACCGAACACCAGAACGCAUUGGAACUUAUCAUGGCCAAGUACAGACAGCAGAUGAUGAAGUUUACUAAGCACCAAAACAUCCAGAUCACUGAAAAUGCUUAUCAAGCAGAAAAACAAUAUCAAGAAGAGAAUAUGGAGCUCAUUGAUAAGGAUCAUGACAGCGCUGCUGAAAGUCUUGCCGAACAGGCUUCAACUCUCAAGAAAGAGAUGGAAGCAAGAAACACAUAUCAAGAAAAUUUGAUUGAACUGAACAAAGUUGCUGGACACAGACCAAGGUCUACUUUAGUCUUAGAUAUUCAGCAAAAAAAUAAUGCAAUUCGGUCCCUACAACAUGAAAACGAUGAAUUGCGACAAAGUUUGACCGACCACCAGAACGCAUUGGAACUUAUCAUGACUAAGUACAGACAGCAGAUGAUGAAAUUCACUAAGCACCAAAACAUCCAGAUCACUGAAAAUGCUUAUCAAGCAGAAAAACAAUAUCAAGAAGAGAAUAUGGAGCUCAUUGAUAAGGAUCAUGACAGCGCUGCUGAAAGUCUUGUCGAACAGGCUUCAACUCUCAAGAAAGAGAUGGAAGCGAGAAACACACAUCAAGAAAAUUUGAUUGAACUGAACAAAGUUGCUGGCCACAGACCAAGGUCUACUUUAGUCUUAGGUAUUCAGCAAGAAAAUAAUGCAAUUCGGUACCUACAACAUGAGAACGAUAAAUUGCGACAAAGUUUGACCGAACACCAGAACGCAUUGGAACUUAUCAUGACCAAGUACAGACAGCAGAUGAUGAAAUUUACGAAGCACCAAAAAUCACUGAAAACACUUAUCAAGCAGAAAAACAAUAUCAUAAAGAGAAUAUGGAACUCAUUGAUAAGAUCCACGAGAUGGUUGCUGUGAAGAGGCAUGCUGCGGAUGUUGAUGAUGAGCAAUAUCUCAGAGAUUACGAAGAAUUAUCCCGAUUGGAAACAGAAAAUGGCAUUUUAGGGGAAAAUGCUGAUGAUAUCUAAGAGUUCAUUUGGAUCAAGAC